CGCACCGUUCCUAGGAUGGACCAGAACCGAAAAGGUGCGGAGCGGUCUGCGUCCGUUGUGGUGGCUUACUGGCGUAUGUGGCUUGCUAUACAACGCUGCGGGGCAAUACUUGUGUUGUUCGUGUGGGUGAUUGUAUUCUUUGGGUCGACGGAGCGGAUCUAUGAGCGACACGGCGGGACCCGUCGUGGGAACUUUGGUCGUGUUCCAGCCUUUCGCCGAUGUGAGAACAGGACCUGGGCUACUGUCUCGCAAGAGCACGGACUCUGAGCAAGGCGC